UCGGAAUUUUCAAGAUGGCGUCAAAGUGACUUGUUAAUGAUAAUGUGUUGGACCUUGAGUUCUUGUUAGAUCUCGUAUAGAUCUAUAUCUAGUCCAAGUUGUAUUUAUUUAAGACGGCUCAAGAUUUAAGUUGUCUUACAGAAGACUAGCAAACUAAAGAAAGGAGCUUUUCCACAGUUUGCAACAAUGCAUUACUCAUUGCAUGAUUGCAAUGUAGGUACAGCUAUACCAGAUUAUUCUGCUGCUAAUGUAGAACAGGCGGUGAAACAGUUUUAUUUGAAUCCCAGUCUUCAAAGUGAAGUCCACUACUGGUUAACUGGUGCCCAGAUAUCUCAGUCAGCAUGGUCCUUCUGUUGGGAGCUAAUGGCACCUAACAAGGGCAUAGAAGUACAGUAUUAUGGUGCAAGCUGCCUGCAUGUAAAAAUUGUUAGAUUUUGGCAUGAAGUACCAUCAGAACAGUAUGAAUCUUUAAAGUCCAAAUUACUUGAGACUAUAGUACAGUUUGCUUUAGGACCUAAAAUAAUUCUAACUAGAUUAUGUGUUGGGCUAUCAGCAUUAGUUCUUCAACUCCUGCCAGAGCAAUGGUCUGAUGCUAUACAAAAUCUUAUCUCCACAUUCCAACAAGAGGGCUUAGCUUCCUUACCAACUGUAACCAGGUGUCAGAUUUUACUUGAAGUACUCACUGUUCUCCCUGAGGAGUUUUUCAGCACCAAUCUUUCUCAACAAAGGAGGAUAAUUUUGAGGCAAGAACUAACCAAGGGGCUCGAUCAUGUGAUUCCAUUACUUCAAGCACUGCUCACAGAUGAAAGCCCAUUAGAAGUUUAUCAAUGUGCUCUAAAGGCAUUUUCACGCUGGGUUGACUUUGGUCUUGCUAUUGACAGAGCUGAGCCCAUUAUUCAUCAGGUUUUCCGUUCAAUGCGCAAUCCCCAUUUAUUUGAUAUUGCCUGUGAUACAUUGAUUAGUGUAUUCGCACAUCCAGAAUCUUACAAAUAUCCAGUGACAAUUCAGAGGAUUUUAUCAGAAGUACUAGCUCUUCAUGAAUUACUUUCAAAUGCAGUACAUGAUGAAGAUAAGGAAACUUGUGAAGGAAUCUGCAGGGUGAUUGUUUCUCUGUCGGAAAACCAUACUAAACUUAUAGUGGAAUCAGUGCUAGGACCAGAGGAGGUGAAACAGAACACAACAUCCCUGCUACAGAUGAUUUUGGCUUGUUCAGGACUCCCAGGUCAUUUCCCAGUGGAUGAAAGCUGCAGUGAUCAAACUUUUACAUUUUGGUAUUUGUUGCAGGAUGAAUUAAGCAUGAUUUCUGAAGAAGACUACACCCCUUUAAUGGAAGUAUUUAAACCAAUAUUUUUCUCUUUAAUUGAUGUACUACUUGUGAAAGCAAGGCACCCUCCAGAUGCUGAUUAUGUAUCGUGGAGUUUGGAGGAAAAGGAACAAUUCAGAUGUUAUAGACAAGAUAUAGGAGACACUUUGAUGUACUCCUACAGCAUUCUGGGUGUUGAGUUGCUUGCUCAACUUGUCAACUGUCUGGUUACCUUAGUAGAAAAAUAUAAAGAAGGCACUCAGGACUGGCAGAAUGUAGAGGCGAUCCUGUUUGUGUUUUCAUCCAUAUCAGAAAAUGUUCAGUCAGAUGAAAAGCUUUAUAUUCCUAAACUUUUUAGUCAACUUCGGGAAAUUCCAUUUGCUAAUUCACAACAAAUAUCAACAGCUCUAAAUAUGAUUGGUUCUUUUGCUGAAUGGAUGCAAUGGCACCCAGAAACACUGAGCUGUAUAUUGCCACUGGUUCUUCAGGGCAUCAGCAAUCCAGAAGUGGGGACAGCUGCUACAAUAGCACUUAAGGAUAUCACAAGGGAAAAUAUUUCUAACAUACAACCUUUUGCGCAUCAGAUUUUAAUGGCUUGCCAGAGCUGUUUUGAAGCAAAUACACUAAAGUCUAGAGAUCUUCUGCGACUUAUGUCUAGUGUGGGUCACAUCCUGUCAGUAAUGUCAUCAAAUGAAAUCAUGCAGUACCUUGACAAAAUGAUCACUCCACAUAUAGAACAUCUUGUUGCCCUUUCAGAACUUCAGCCUUGUCCAUCAAACAGAGCAGAUGUUUACACUACAGUGAAUAUAUUUGCCUGGUUGUUUGGGUCAUUGGAUACAGAACUAGAUGGAGGAGAUGAGGAGCAGCAGCACCAGCAACUCACCAAACAGCAGCAACAAGCAACAGAUCCUUCUGAACCUAAACCUAUUUUUGUGAUACUUGAAAAGAUCAGUCCGUCCAUUCAAAAAAUUUCAAACUCCUGGAUAUUUGAUACUGGUAUUAUUGAGGCUGUAUGUGAUCUGUAUAAAAAAGCACUACAGAAACUGGAUAAUGAUUUUGCUCCACUGUCUGGUGAACUCACCCAACUAGUCAUAACUUUAUACCAGAGAUGUCCAAGUACUGCAAUCAUUGAUCUAUGCAAACAGAUGCUGCUGAUAUUUGGUCUCCAAGAAAAUUUCAUACCAUUUUCUAAAGUAAUUGUAGAAAAUGUGUGUUCCAGAUCUUUACAAAUGUUUAAUACUGGUAUGAGAAAUUUCACUGAUGUUAUAGAGGGCUUCAUGUGUUUCCUAGCACAGGUAAUGAAAAAACUGAAGAAGAUAAUACUAGACAGCACCUGUGAUUUAGCAACAAUAUUCCAUGCAGCUGUUUUAAGUAUGGCCCUUCCAGAACAUGCAACAGUAAAAGCAUCAUGCAACUUUAUUAUUGAAUUUAUAAAUGGAGGUGCAGAAAGUGAAGUCAUCAAGAAUGUCAUCACAACACAUGGACAUAUUUUAAUUGACAGAAUUAUGAGAGCUAUAGGAGGAGAAUCUCAAAGAGGAAUAAUUGAUUACAUAGCAGACGUCAUCAUGGCUCUGAACAAACAUUUUGUCAGCCAGCUUGCCAUGUGGCUGAAAACUAUUUUAGAGAAUGAGGGUUAUCCUUCACCCAGAGCUUCGAGACAAGACAAGGAAAACUUCAUUAAGAACCUGUUACGAGACAGGAUGAAUAAACGUAAAACAAGAGACGUUGUCAAAGAAUUUACGCUACUAUGCAGGGGCAUCAUGGGAACAGAAUAUGCAGAAGCUGCAGCUGCCUAUUUGUGAUACUAAUCUCUGGUUAACUGAGCAAAAGGCUGUCAUUAACUUGUGGGACCGUUGCCUGUGACGACAUUGCUGGUCUCUUGUUAUCUGAGUGAAAGGUUUUCAUGCAAACUAUUGGUGACUGGUAGCUGAGUGAAAGGCUGCUGUGUGCUUGUGGAAUAGUUGUCUGGUUUACAUUGCUGUUGACCUUUCCCCCUUCUGUAAUGUAUACAUUUGCUUUAGGCUCUUCAUGAAGUGCAAUAUUGUUUAUGACAUGAAGAUACAGGGUAUGUUUUGUCAAAUCUUUUUUUAUCCUUUAUUGUCAGUAAAAUUAUUUUUCAAAUGUAAAACUAAAAAAUUCUGAAUUUAUAAAAUUUAUUAAAAUUUCAAGUAAAUAGUUAUUUAACUAUGUUCAAUAAUUAUCUUUACUGCCUUGUAUAUUUAUGUAACUAAUUGUUUAUAUUGUAUGCUUCCUCCAUUAAAAACUUUGUACAUUAACAGCUUUGUGAAAAAAAAAUUAAUAUAAUGAAAUGGAAAUACUAUUUUACAAAGGAUUAAUGUCACAUUUUAAGAGUUUCUGAAAUCAAAUUUUAAGUGUACAACUGGGUAUCAAUGUGUGUACAGUCAAAAGUUUCACUGGUCAAAUAUUUUCCAGACUUGUGUUCACUACUGGCCAGUACAAAACUUUGGUUAGUAAUCUGUCUCAUAUCUCCAUGGUUUGUAUUGCUGACACAGACUUAGUGCUGUGUACAACAACUUUUUUUAUCUUCAGAUUGGAACUCUUCAAUUGAUUUCCACAUCCAACCAGCAUGAAAUAAUACAUAUCAUAAAUUCCCAUCGCUGUAUUCUUAUCACUGUGUUAUUUUCAACCGUUAGUGCUAGUUUUUAGAAUGUAAGCUACAGUCUAUAUAACGAAUUUAAAAUGGUAGUUAUAUUUUUUAUGCUAAUGAGUAACUAAUUCUACUAUAAAAUAUUUGGGGAGCAAUAAAUGUGUUUCAUAUGAUAGAGCUCC